UUGAGCACGGGCAUCCACUGAUGCUCAUUGACUUGCAGGUGAAAGUUGAAGAUGUAGACGAAUCUGAUGAUGAAGAGGAGAAGGAAGAGGAUCUGGUUCCACAGGUUGAGUUUUCGUGUACUUGUAAGCGGUGUGAAGAUGAUAUCAACGAGUAUUACAGGUACUACUAUAAAUGUAUAGAUGAUUCAUGUGAUUUCGCUCUUCAUAAAUUCUGUGCAGAGCUCCCAGAAACAUUAAACCACCCAUCACACCCACAUCCUUUUACCCUUAGUAAGACUAGCUACAAUUGGACAUGCUAUAGUUGUCAUAGACAUCACAAGGCAGGUGCAUUACGCUAUGUCUGCAUUGAUCAUUGGUACCGGGUGUUUGAUGUAAAUUGUGCUGCGGAAGCAGACAAAAGGAGGAUCUACCACCCUAGCCAUCCACACCCACUAGUGUCUCUACGCUCCAAACCCAUUUUAUGUCAGUGUAAUGCUUGCGGGAAGGAACAUAAAGGCGUCUUCUUUCAAUGUACCACAUGUACUAACUUCGCCAUACACAACGAUUGUGCUUUCCUGCCAAAACGUUUGUUAAUCCAACAUGCUACAAACGCCGUUUUCAGCCAUACCCAUCCACUAACCCUUUCUUAUUCUUUUCCAAGAGAGGAGUUUAGAGCUAAACAUUAUCCUAGAUGCAGAGUAUGUAAUGAAUAUUGUUAUGUCAAUGGGGAUCUUUGGAUAUACAAAUGCGAGAAAUGUAUAUACUAUGCCCAUCUAGAUUGUGCAACAUCAAGAAGAGAGUCAUUCAUGUCCAUCUUGUCUAUUGGUGGAGGUCCAACCGUUAAAAACUUUAAAGAUGUUGACUAUCCUAAUCUUCUCCGUUUACCAUUUCCUGAUGAAACCUGUAGCAUACCCAAACAUUUAUUUUCGAAAGAACUUGGGCCGACCGAUUAUGGUAAUCAUGAGGUAAGCCUACGACAUAUGAAUCAUGAACAUGAGUUAAUUUUAGUUGACACAGCAGGAAGCACUGGGUCAACCUCCUCAAAGAUCAAUGAUAUGAUCAUGUGUCAUAACCCAAUGAAAAAGAUAGAAUUAUUAUGCAACGGAUGUGUGAGACCAAUCACGGAGAUGCCGUUCUACAAGUGUCGGGCCAAACAAGAUGAGAGCUGCAACUUUGCUCUUCAUGAAUGGUGUACUCGCCUUCCAACAAAAGUAGACAACCACCCAGCUCACCCACAACAUCCCCUCCUUCUAAUGACAAACAUCCCCAAUAUGUUUAACUUAUUUCGUUGCGAUGUUUGCUGGUUAUAUUGCAAUGGUUAUGCUUAUGGUUGUGUCGAAUGUGAAUUUUAUGUUGAUGUUACCUGUGGGUUUAUGCCUGAAAGAAUCACACAUGAAUCUCACCCAAAUCAUCUUCUUUCAAUUACGGAGGAUCUGCCCAAUGGAAGAUGUCUUAUGUGUCACUUAGAUGUUUCACCAUAUAUACUGAAUUUCAGUUGCAGCUUUUGUGAUGUGUAUAUACAUCCGUGGUGUGCUUUGUUAUUGCCUAAGACAAUUAGGCACCCUUAUGACAAACAUCCAAUGCACAUCAGUUACCUCCCAAUUGAGAAUCACAAGAGUGAAUAUUUUUGUGAAAUUUGUGAGGAAGAAUUGGAUCCUCAUCGUUGUUUCUAUCAUUGUGAUCUGUGUAGCCAAUCAGUGCAUUCUGAUUGUGCUCCUUUAAUACUUCAGUCUGAAGCAGAAACCCAUUCCCCAUAUGGACAAGAAAGUGUCUAUUUGUUUUUAAAUAUGAAGUUUGGGAGCAUACAUAAGAAGACUAAUGGUCACCCACAUCCUCUAACAUUUUCCCAAGGGAUUGAGAGUGAUGGUGGAUGCAGUGUGUGUGCUGGGAGAUUGCGGUACCAGAUGAUACUUAGGUGUUCCAAGUGUGAGUUUGCAGUUCAUCACGAUUGUUUGGAAGACUUGAACAAGUCAUGAAGGUGUGUAUGUUUCAUCUUCCAUGUGCUUUGAAGGCAGACAGACAACCUAUCUACUUAAUUCACA